AUGGCAAAGAACCUGAGUGACCACCUGCUGCACACCUUGGAGAGCCUGGUGGCCUAUGAUCUGGAGAAAUUCAAGUUCAAACUGCAGAAUGCCAACUUGGAUAAAGACCUAGAUCCCAUUCCUCAAGGCAGGCUUCAAAAUGCUGCUGGACCAGUGAAGCUUGCUACUCUUCUGGUCAACUCUUAUGGGGAAAAAUAUGCUGUGAAGUUGACCCUACAAGUGUUGCGAGCUAUCAACCAACAUCUCCUGGCGGAGGAGCUCAGCAAAGCAACUAGCCCAGAAUGUUUUCCUCAAGAGUAUGUCACAGAAACCUUGGAAGCCUCUGUUUUCUCAAGGGAAACAGGAUCUAAGAGACUGGAAACAACUGUUCCUUUGAAAAGGAUAAUAGAGAAUCCAGAUGCUGAUUUGCAGAGCCCAGAUGAAGUCAGCACAGCUGGGCUUCAGGUGCCAAUUUCAUCCAGCCAGAUGUAUGUUGAGCAAGAAUGUCAGAAGAAAUUCCAGAGGAACUGGGAAGAUCAGAGGACUUUCAAGGGCUCACAUCUGACAGAGGUUCAGCAGAGACCAAGGAGCCAGACUGUGAACAUACGUCCCAAAGGGACUCAGCUAACAUUCCGUCCUGUUUCUUCAGGAGACAAAGAACCUUCAUCUCCAGAAAGUGCUGUGACUUUAGAGAACAAAAUAGAUGGGAUUCUAGAAACAGCUAUUAAUUUAAAGAAAGUGGAAGCUAGAAAUUCAAAUGCAGCUCAACUUCUGGAGAGCCACCAGUAUGAGAAUUCAGAAGUUGCUGGCACUUUAGAGCAAAAAACAAACGGGAAUCCAAAGCUCUUCUUUUACUUGGGAGAAAGGGGAAUACCGAAGCAAGGAUUUGGUGUAUCUUUAGGAGAGCAAAACCACCCAAAUGAAAAAUCAGUAAAUAAUGGACCUGGGAAUCCAGAAGUUUCUGUGUCCUUGGGCAAGAAUGUGACACUUUCUAACUGCCAAGUCCCUGGGUCCCAGGAGGAAGAGAUACCUGGUCAUAUGUAUACUUCCAUGUCUUCAGGAAAGAAAGAACCUCAGAAUCCUGGAAACCAGUAUUUAAAAGAAGAUUGUGAAGAUGAGCUGAUGCUGAGCAAGACACCCAUUAAAGCCUUCAGCAUGCUGAAGAUCUCAGGAGCCCCUGUCAGAGCAGUGUCCCUGAGGAGAGUGCAGGAGUCAUGUUCUAUUUGUCAGGACAUGGUGAGAGAACCAUCGAGGAAUUCCUGUAUGCACCACAUCAGAUACCAUCACAAUGCUGGGUAUAAUGUCUGUCUCAAAUGCCAGGCCAUGUUUCCUAAGAAUUUCCAACACAGCAAGAGCCUAGGAAACAUACCCACUGACUUCCAGGAGCCAAUGCUAAACCCUCGUUUCCUGCCUCAUUGUGAACACCACCCAAAGCAGCUGCAACUGAUGUUCUGCAAGGAGCACGGAAAAACCAUUUGUUUCAACUGCAGUAUGUCCCCGGAGCACAGAGGUCACCGAAUACUUCCCAUAGAGGAGGCUGCUCAGAGCUACAAGGAACAAAUUCAGAGUCGUCUGGAGCAACUUAAGAAAGUAAGAGAAACAGCUGAAGAGAAGAAAUCACAAGGAAAUGAGACGAUGGCAGCCUUCCUGAGUAAGACAGAAACUCAGAAGGAGCAGAUUAUGUCCCGACUGGAGCAGGUGCAUCAGUUUUUAGUGGAACAAGAGCAACUCUUUCUGGUCUGGUUGGAAGAACUAUCCGGAACCAUCUUCAGGAGCAAGGAAGAGUACGUCAUGAAAGCAUCCAAGGAAAUCUCCCUUCUUGAAGAGUUGAUGGGGAAGCUGGAAGAAAAACAGAAACAGCCAGCAUGGGAACUCCUGCAGGACAUCAAAGUCACCCUGAUGAGGGCAGAAUGGGUGAGUCUCCCUAAGGAGUGGACUGUGUCUCCUGAGUUGAAAGAGAAAAUCCACACUCUCUUCUGGAAAUCAGAGUGUGUGCAGAAGAGCAUGAGGCGGUUCAUAGAGAGUCUGCAAUCAGAAAUGGAAACAUUCAAAAUUUUACAGCUGAGAGACGUCCAGUUACAUGCAGCUAAUGUGACUCUGGACCCAGAAACAGCUCAUCCCAAGCUUAUCAUAUCUGAUGAUCAGAAAAGUGUGAGUCUUGGAAAGAAAUGUCAAAAGUUGCCUAAUGGCCCACAAAGAUUUGAUGAUUCUGUCAUCGUUCUGGGAUCUCCAAGUUUUGUCUCAGGGAAACGGUAUUGGCAGGUAUAUGUGGGAGACAAGACCAUGUGGACAUUGGGAGUUUGCAAAAAUUCUGUGAACAGAAAGGGGAGCACAGCCUUUUCACCAGGAAAUGGGUACUGGUUGGUAAUGAUGACGAAAAAGAAUGAGUACAGUGCCUCCACCAUUCCACCAACCCCUCUUUCUCUUGGGGAGCCCCCCAGAUGUGUGGGAAUUUUCCUGGACUAUGAAGCUGGAGAUAUUUCCUUUUACAAUGUGACUGCCAAGUCCCACAUCUACACCUUCCCUUUCUCCAGUUCUUCCUCUGAUGCUCUCCGACCUGUCUUCAGCCCUGGAAUGCAUGAUAAAGGCAAAAACACAGAUCCUCUGACCAUCUGUCCAGUGAGUAGGUAGAAAUAAAAAAGUCUAGUAUCCAUGCUAUGGAACAUGAACCAAUUCUGGAGAUCUCGUGCUCUCUGUAACAUUUUAUACUUCAUUAAUGGAGUAAAUAGACAUAUCUUACUCUGUAUUAUAUUUUAUCCCUGUGCUUGCUUUUAACCUUUCUAUUAGACCAUAAACUCUUUCCUGGUAGGAAUGCUGUCCUAUUCAUCUCUGUAUUCCUUAUAGCCCUAUGAAUAAAGACUUGU